UUGGCUGAACCCACUCUUCAAAUAUGGAUACAAGAACAAACUGGAAGUUACGGAUAUGUACGAGACUAUGCCAGAAGACUCCUCUGAACAAUUGGCAAACAAGCUAGAGAAGCAAUGGAAUAAAGAAUUAUGUAAACAGAAAAACAGAAAACCAAGUUUAACUCGUGCAAUUAUAAGGACGUUUGGUGUCAAGUAUAUGUUAAUAGGAAUUAUUGUUUUUCUUGAGGAAACUGUAAAAGUGAUUCAGCCAUUGUUACUAGGACAACUUAUCAGCUAUUUCUCUCCUGGAUCUACCAAGACACAAACUGAGGCUUACCUAUAUGCUUUUGGAGUCAGCAUAUGUGCCUUUUUACUUAUAGUCACUCAUCAUCCAUAUUUUCAUUGCACACAAGUUAUUGGUAUGCGUAUUCGUAUAUGUUGUUGUGCAUUGAUAUACAGAAAGGCUUUAACAUUGAGUAACAAAGCCUUAGGAGAAACAACUACAGGGCAGAUAGUGAAUUUAUUAUCCAAUGAUGUCAAUAGGUUUGAUCAG